AUGGAUGAUCAGAAGAAUCGGGCUCAUCACAAGACGAAGGAGAAAAAAAAAUAUGAAGGUCAAAAUCCGAAAGCUUUUGCCUUCUCAAACCCUGGAAAAGGACAGAGACAGGCUGCGAGGUCCCACGAACUCAAGGAAAAACGCCUCCAUGUGCCUCUCGUCGACCGCGUCCCCGAGGAGGCGCCGCCAAUUAUCGUCACGAUUGUUGGGCCGCCUGGAGUUGGCAAGACUACACUGAUCAAAUCGUUGAUCAGACGGUACUCGAAGCAAACGCUCAGCUCCCCGACAGGUCCUCUUACGGUUGUUACAUCCAAGCGUCGACGCUUGACGUUUCUAGAAUGUCCUUCAGAUUCGUUAGCUAGCAUGAUUGAUGUUGCCAAAAUCGCAGAUAUAGUGUUGCUGAUGAUCGACGGCAACUACGGUUUCGAGAUGGAGACUAUGGAAUUUUUAAACGUCCUGGCUUCCAGUGGUAUGCCUGGCAACGUCUUUGGAAUUCUGACGCACCUUGACUUGUUCAGGAAACAGAGCACAUUGCAGGCCGCGAAGAAACGACUGAAGCAUCGUUUCUGGAGUGAACUAUAUCAAGGCGCAAAAUUGUUCUAUCUAUCUGGUGUUGUCAAUGGCCGGUACCCGGACCGCGAAAUCCACAACCUAUCUCGAUUCCUCUCCGUUAUGAAGAACCCUCGACCUCUUAUAUGGCGCAAUUCACAUCCUUACGCCCUCGCCGAUCGAUUCCUUGACAUCACACCGCCUACGGAGAUCGAAAAGGAUGAAAAAUGUGACCGCACAAUAGCGUUGUAUGGUUAUCUACGUGGAACGAACUUCCCUGCUCAAGGUGCCCGCGUUCAUGUUCCUGGCGUCGGUGAUCUCACAGUGUCGGCCAUCGAAUCCUUACCUGACCCCUGUCCUACUCCUUACAUGGACCAGCAAAUAGCGAAGGCGACAGGUAAGGGUGGAAGGAAGAGAUUGGGCGAAAAGCAGAAAUUGUUAUUUGCUCCUAUGUCGGAUGUGGGUGGUGUCUUGAUCGAUAAGGAUGCCGUUUAUAUCGAUGUCAAAUCCGCGACCUUUAACCGGGAGGACGACUCAGACGACGAGGAUAGGGGCCUGGGAGAACAGCUUGUCUUGGGCCUACAAAACGAACGCAAAUUGCUUGGAGAGGCUAGCGAUAGCCUUCAGCUAUUCAAGGGAGGCAACGCAAUUUCUAAAGUGGAGGGUGAAGUAGACACUGGCCGAAAAGAAAGGCGCAAUGUUCGGACAAUGGAUGAUACUGGUUAUGUUUCUGAACAAGAAGAUGAAGGAUUCGAAAGUGGAGAUGCAGAAGACGACGAAGAUGAUGUGGAAGGAGAAUUAGCCGACGAGGAUCUUGACGAGGAGGCGGAGUCUGACGACAACGAAGGUGAAUUUGAAGCACCAUCGGACUUGACCCGCAAAAUCCGUGAGAAGCAGAAUGGUGAUAAUAAAGGAAAAGAAGGUGAUUUUGCUUUUGCAGAUAGUGAUUCAGAUCUUGGAUCUAUCUCGUCCGUCGAAGAUCAAGAGUUUGACGAUCCUGAUGAAGAUGAGGACGCGUCAGAUGAUGAUGAUGAAGACGGUGCCUUACGAUGGAAGAGCAAUAUGCUGGACAAUGCCAAGGCUCUUCAUGGAAAAAAGCCUGCAUACCGCGUCAUUGACCUUACUCGCAUGCUCUAUGACGAAUCUAUCUCACCUGCCGAGGUAAUAGCCAGAUGGAAGGGCGAUGAUAACCAGGACUCGGAGGAUAUAGAUGAGGAUGAAGAAGAUUUUUUCAAAAAGACCAACGCUGAAAAAGAAGAAGAAUGGGAAGAUAGGACAAUUCCCACCUAUGAUUACGAUGAGCUGGAGAAGAAAUGGUCAGAUCAGGAUGCCGUCGAGACCUUACGACGUCGCUUUGCUUCGGCCAGAUUGGGUGGUGCUGGCAGCGAUAACGAUGAUGAAGAAGACGGUUCGGAUGACGGACUAUCCGACGAGGGCGACGGUGCUUUUGAAGAUCUUGAGACCGGUGAAGUCUUUAAUGGGUUUGAUGAAGGCUCAGGCGAUGAGGAGAUUGAAGCCGAGGAGGAAGCUGUGGGUGAGGUGGACCUUGAAGCCGAGCGAGAGCGUAACGCUAAGAGGAAAGAAGAGCUCAAGUUGCGAUUUGAGGAAGAGGACCGGGAGGGCUUCGCUAAUGCCAGGAAUGGUGAUCGAAACGAAGGCAAAGACGAUAAUGAGUUUGGAGAAGAUGACUGGUAUGACGCUCAGAAGGCUCAAUUGCAAAAACAACUAGACAUCAACCGUGCUGAAUUCCAGACGCUUGACGCUAUCUCUCGUGCCCGUGCUGAAGGUUUCCGAGCUGGUACCUAUGCGCGAAUUGUUUUGGAGAAGGUGCCGUGUGAAUUCUCAACCAAGUUCAAUCCUCGAUAUCCAGUUCUUGUCGGUGGAUUAGCACCAACCGAAGAACGUUUCGGCUACGUACAAGUGCGCAUCAAACGCCACCGAUGGCACAAAAAGAUUCUCAAGACCAACGAUCCACUUAUCUUUUCUCUUGGUUGGCGUCGCUUUCAAAGUCUACCCAUCUACAGUAUCUCCGACUCGCGUACACGCAAUCGCAUGUUGAAGUAUACACCAGAGCACAUGCACUGUUUUGGAACCUUUUAUGGGCCUCUAGUUGCUCCCAAUACCGGUUUUUGCUGCGUGAACUCAUUUUCGAACAAGAUUCCGGGCUUCCGAAUCGCCGCGACUGGUGUUGUUCUCAAUGUGGACGAGAGUACGGAAAUCGUGAAGAAACUCAAACUUACCGGUCAUCCAUACAAGAUUUUCCGCAAUACUGCCUUCAUUCGUGAUAUGUUCAACUCUUCUUUGGAAAUCGCCAAGUUUGAAGGUGCGGCCAUUCGUACAGUGUCAGGUAUUCGUGGUCAAAUCAAGCGAGCCCUCAGCAAACCUGAAGGUCAUUUCCGAGCAACUUUUGAAGACAAGAUUUUGAUGAGCGAUAUCGUCUUCCUCCGUGCCUGGUACCCGAUCAAGCCUCACCGAUUCUAUAAUCCCGUCACAAACUUGUUAGACAUUGAUGAGACUGCUCCUGAAGAAAACGGUUGGCAGGGUAUGCGCUUGACUGGCGAGGUCCGCAGAGCCGAAGGAAUUGCUACGCCGCUUGAAAAAGAUUCGAAAUACAAACCAGUCGAACGUCCGACACGUCAUUUCAAUCCCCUUCGUGUUCCUCGACAGCUUGCCAAGGACCUUCCAUUCAAAUCCCAAAUUACUCAGAUGCGACCCCGCAAAGAGCAGACAUACAUGCAGAAGCGAGCUGUCGUUCUAGGCGGAGAAGAGAAGAAAGCGCGCGAUCUCAUGCAGAAGCUCACCACCAUGAACAAUGAAAAGAGAGCCAAACGCGCCGCGGCCCAGGAGGAGCGCCGAAAGGGAUACCGUGCCAAGGUGGCUGAGAACCUGGCAAAGAAAGCCGAGCGCGAGAAACGCGAGAAGAGCGAAUAUUGGAGACAGGAAGGCAAGAAAAGAAAGAACACCGACGGAGAUUCAGGCCGUGAUCAGGUAUACCGGCCAGCAGUGCUGGCUCCGUACCGCGUCCCGCGUUUUUUCAUUGCGAUGGAUGCGAGCAUUCUCGGCUCAAAGGCAGCAGCUGCCCUGUCAACAAAUGCCCUCCCGAGCCACCAACAACGCCUAAUACCUUCUUCAUCCGGUCACUCUGGGCUUGUAGCGAGUGCAAAGAUUCAGAGAGAGCCAUGGCCGCAGCCAGCAAAUACAGAACCGCUUAGCAAUGGCCACGUGAGAGGCCCGGCGGCGAGUCCGUCCAAGUCUCGAAUUGACACACGACCACCACCCAGUCGAGGACACAAGAGAAGCGCAACUGGCGAGAUAAAACCGGCAGUGUAUGAGAAUCACAAUCUCACACGGCCGUCCAACGGAACAAACGGUCAUUCAAGAACAACAAGCGUAGACUCCACGGGGAACAAAAUUGCCGAGUUGUCGGCCCAACUCCGAGCUCGUUUAUCGUAUGCGGCUGCCAAGGUAGAACAGAGUCGGCAAUUACGGCGGCUUGGAGAGACCCCUCCUUCGCAGGGAAGCAUAUCCGGUGUGCAGAACACGACACAACCGAUACAAGAACUCCGUCAACUAGAUAAUGGGUCUUCACGGAUGUCACAGCAUCAUGUGGCCAACUCGAAUGUGAAUGGGUCCAUAGGACAAGUCGGCGCAAACGCAACAAUACAAUCUUCAUCCUUGUCGCAGGCUCCUAGGCUUGCGCCGCCAGUCGAUAUUGUCACAGGGAAUAGGUUGAAGAUCGCGCGGCGACGGCCUAACCCUAAUGAAGCAGAUGGUUUGGUUUCUCAAACUUCAACGCCACGACAUCGCCGAUAUCAUUCGGAACAAGAAGCAAAGACUGUCCUGCCUGCUGGAUCUAGAUCGUUCGGAGCACCUGAUGCAACUCCAUUGCGUCUCAAAGCCAAUGGCCGAGCUCCAACGCCUUUGAUGUCAAGUAAUGAAUCACCUGCAAAGCGGAGGACACCCUCUCAGAACGCACUCAUGGAGAAGGAUGCCAUUGAAACGCUUCUAUUCAUGUCGAGUCCGGAAAACUCUGGUUACCAUUCCAGCUCCCGAGCAAGAAAGUACAGUAUGAGUGUCAGCAUUGAAGCGCAGAUGGCGGCCGGCACGCAAAACUCGUCACAAGGAAGCCAUACCUCGACGGCUAGACAAAUGGCAACCUUCAACUUUCUUGAUAGCGACGUAAUGCGGACCGCAGCUUCCGUGCCCACAGCUGGUCUCACAGCUAGCAAUCAUUUUGUUGGCUUGGAGGCACAGGCAGGUGAUGAGAUUGACCGACUCUUAGACCAAAUGGAAGUCGACAAAGGCAGUGAGGCUGAGUCGCAAUUGAUGUCUUAUGAUUUUGAUCUUGGCGUCGCUGGCCAAUCUGGGUCCUACGACUUCGGUGGUGCCAACAGAUGA